CUUGAAGCGGCAGCCUCUGCGAAGAAUGGCAAGCCACUCACGCCGAGACAGAAGCAGUAUAUGGUCAGAACGGCGAAAAUGGUCGCCGAAAAGAAGGCUGCUGAGGCCAAAGCCCAGCUUACUACCCCGACGACUGAGGAAUCAACGCCGAAAGUCGAGGAGAAGCAGGCGGCCUCUGACCUUAUAACGGCUGCUGCCCAGGAGCCCGGCUUGUCUGAUGUCACCUCUGCAGGGGACAAGAAGGACGCGAGCUUGUCUGCCGCUGAGGCGAAACCAGCAUCCCCCGCUGAUCCUCCCCAGGCGUCGGAAGUGCCUUCGGUACUGGAGACUACAAAGCCGGACUCGGAUGAGAAGGCCCACGGCGAGGGAAAGACAUCUGCUCAAGGUCUUGCGUCGACUACCUCCUCUACCGUUCCUAUUCAAGCCGAGGCUGCCACGUCUCUCUCAGCUGAAGAGAAGUUGUCCGAUCCUUCGUCUGCCUCGGAUGCGCAAUUACCUCCGGAAACGGAAGCCAGGCCGAAAGUCGACCGAGAUGAUCCGUCCUCGCCUCAACCGGCCGCUGCAGCCACGUCAGAGCCUACCGCUCUGCCUUCUUCUGCAGAGGAGCAGGCGGCCGGUUCGCUUCUUAACGUCGACAGCGAUGUGCCUGCGUUGGCUUCUACGGAGAAGCCGCCACAGGCGACGCCUCCCACCGAGGGGAAGGACCAGACUCCUCUUGAAAGCGAGAAGUCAGGUGAGAAGUCAGUCGAGACAAAGCAGGACGAGAAGGAGCAGCAGGCCGACAAGAAGGCAGAGUUAGAGCCGAAGCCUACCCUCAAGGAACGCAAGGACAGCGAAUCUCUGGCGAAUGCGAGCAAGGGCGAGGAAGAAUCCGCCGAGAAAUUGGGUGCUACGGCGCCGCUCAAGCCACCCGCCAAGCCUGUCAAGAUCGAUGCAACUUCGAAUGGUCCAGCAGAUGUCUUGAAGCCCACGACCGCGAUGCCAAAAUCCGAGCCAUCAAAGUCUCCCGCGACCUUACCUUCCCGGGAUGUUCCUGCCCCUCCUCCCAUUACUACAGCCAUGGCAGAGGCCGCGUCUCUGCCCUUGAACAACCCCUCCCAGAAUAAAGAUACAUCGACCGUUGUAUAUCCGAAGCCGGCACAACCCAAGGCUGCGCAGUUGCCACCUAAAUCGCAAUCAGUAUUUACUGCGGGCAGUCUCUCAAGGGACCCGCCUAUAAUGCCCAAGCCGACCUCUAUCUCAACGACAGCGACGCCGAAGCAGACCCCAAGCAGUCCUCAAGAGAAGCAUAAAUCCUCUGGCUCCUGGGGAGGCUGGGCAAGUUCGGUCUCAUCCAUUGCCUCAAACUUGUUAUCGCCAAAGGCUGAAGAGCCGCCGCGUCGUCAAUCCCUAUCAGAGCGCUUGGCGGCCAAAGCCAAAAUGGCUGCCGCUCCAAGCUUGGCAAAGACGCACGAAGCACCUCUUAGCCCGCAGGCCCCAUACACGCAGCCCACAUCCCAUUCGCCGCCGAUACCGACUGACUCAUCUCCGGUGACGACGAGGUCGCCUGUCGCUUCGCUCAACAAGCCAAACGCAGGGCUGGCAUCACCCUCGACGCGAAAGAACUCUUUCGGUGUGGCGUCUCCUCAACCUUGGCCUGCCCCCUCUGCUUCAGCGUCAGGGGCGAAGGAGAACAAACUGGCGGAGGACGCCACAAAGCGUCCUGGGGUCCCGGCACCGUCAAUGGGUAGCGCGAGCCGUGCGACGACGCGACCUGGCAACGAGGAGAAGCAGCUGCCAACGCCGAGUACGACAGACCAAGCAGAUAAACCCCCGGCGAAAGCGAAGGGGGCUGCUACGGGUGUCACCGAGCCGAAUCAGGCGGAGGCAGCGAAUGGUCAGACGGAGAAGCUUGCUUCAGAUACGGACCCCGCUGCCGAAAAGCCCGUGGCUGGCAAGGCCUCCGCCGCCCCCGAGCCUGCGCCUGCCGCUUCUGAGCCCAAGCCCGUGGCCGACGACGUUGCGAGCGAGUCCAAGACGGCCGAUACCGCUGCUUCAGAGCAGUCUGCUACAAGUGCCGCCGUCACUACCGAUUCGCCCGCUAUCUCGAGUCCAUCGACCAUCACCGCAUCGCAGAAGGCUGAAGAGGGCAAGGAGCCGGGCGAGGGUCCCUCUGCGGACGCAGGCGCAUCUGAGGCGAAGGCUGGCGGCUCUGAGGACGCGGGAAUUGCUGACGCGAAGGACACCGACGCUAAGCAGGCCGGCUCUAAGGCUGUAGGGGGCGCGAAGGAAGCUGAGGCGGGAUCUGCGGCGGAGUCAUCCGACAAGAGAGACGAGGUAAAGCCAACAACGGACGCGUCAGCUUCGACCACCGACGCACCGGCUCCCGCUGCAUCGACGCCGAGCCCAGAUACCGCCAAGGACGCGCCAGAGUCGGUCAAGGUCACAACAGAGUCAGCGAAGGACGUCCCCGAUGCGGCGAAGGACGUGCCUGAGUCUACGAAGGCGACCAACGCAGAGGGAACGCAACCUUCAGCUGUGACAGGCGAAGCGCCCGCUCCUGCUGGGAAGGCGGCUGACAAGGCGAAAGACAAGUCCGAUGGCCCAGACGCGAGCGCGGAGGGGAAGAAGGAUACGGCGAGCGAAACGGAGAACGCAUCGAGCAAGGCCGAGGACACGUCGAGCAAGACCAAGGCCGAGUCGAGCAAAACGGAGGAUGCGCCGGGCAAGGUUGAGGACAAGACGGCAGCUGAGAGCGCACCUGCUAGCGAAGACUCGUCUACUACGAAGCCCGACGAGACGCAGACCGCUGUUGCCCCUGCCGAUGCGCCUACUGGUACCGACGCAUUGACGACCGAUACAGCCUCUGCCCCGCCUGCUGCUGCCGAUGCGCCGACGGCCGACGGCACGAAAGAGCCAGCGCCUUCGAACAAGGACGCUGCGGGGACCGAGGGGGUGCUGGUCGAUGUUGGUGCUCCAUCCGCCGAUGCCGACGCGUCUUCCGCCGAGCCACCAGCGACAAAGAAACCUGCGCAGGGCGACGAACCGGGGAAGGUCUCGGACGCUGCAGCGAAGGACGACAAGCUUGUCGAGGGUGGUGAAGCGGCGAAGGACGAGAAGAAGGUGGACGAGGCAUCGGCGAAGGAGGGAGAGCUGGCUACCGAGACGCAUGCAGAGCCGUCAUCUGAUAAGGAGGCGCCAAAGGUCGAUAGUGCUGCGCCGUCUGCGGACACGUCCGCCGAUGCUGUUAAGCAAGCGGGCGAUGACGAGAAGCAGAAGGACGGCGCCGAGCCGGAUGCAGUGGACCCCAACACGACCGUGUCCGAGCCUCCCUCGAAGACCGCUACCGGCUCGGAACAGGAGAAUGGAGACAAGGUUGCGUCCGCUGACAUCGCAAAGGGCGGCAAGGAGCAGGCAGCCAGUGGCAAGGCCAAACCUCCGUUGACCGUUUCAACGGGUAAUACGCCGCUGGACAAGGCAAAGAGUGCGACGGAAGAUGCGGCCCAGACGCCAGCUAGUGCAGCGCCUAAGACAGCUGCCGUCGACGAGCCGACCCAGUCUCCAACAUCGAGCACUCGUCCUGGAACGCCCGCGGGAGAUGGCAAAUCGGCAGCGGACAAAGCAGCGCAAAGGGCGCUGAAGAACAAGCAGAAGAGGGAAAGAGAGAAAAGGGCCAGAGAGGCGAAGAAGAACCAGAAGUAGGGCACGAUGCAGACACUUUCUUGGAUUUAUUGACACGCACCUGUAACAUACUUCGGACCACGUCUGUACAUCUUCCUUUUCUUGUUUUAUAGGUUUUAUAUGUGUACAGAUCAGCAGCUAUAGGUUCAAUCCGAAUAGAUUUACCGCUGGCCA